AUGGCUUCGUCAGGUCAAACAUCUGAAAUUACUAAUAAUCUCGGCAAAAGAUGCUUUCAUUGUGAUAAAUACAAAAAUUAUGCUGAUUUUACCUGUCAAAUUGGAAGUAAAAUGAAAAUAAAAAAAAAAUCUAAAGCUGUUAGUUAUGAUGACAAUAAAUCAGAUAGUACAAUAAUUAAGGAUAUGACUGAUGAUGACUGUGUGGAAGCAAUAAUUGUUGAUAAAGAAGACGGGGCCUGGUUUAAUUUAAAAGAUUUAGAAAAUUUAGUAUCUAACUGUUUUGAAAAUACAGAUGAGAAUGAUCAAGUAAAUUUUUCAGGAACUUUUAAGUUUGAUGAUGAAUUAAUUGAUUAUUUAUCAAGCAAAAACCAAGAGAGUGAUGAAGAAAAAAUAUAUCAUAAUAUAGCUGAAUUUCUUCUUCUACCUAUUGAAUCUGGAUCCCAUUAUUAUUGGGAAUUAAGAAAGAUCUAUGUUCAUAAAAAAAAUAAUCAGUUAGUUGGAGAAGCAACAGUACAUCUUGGUUGUGUACAAAGAGAAGAUCUGAAACGUUCACGUCCUGACAGUAAGAUAGUAAAGAAAAUAGUCGAAGCAAGAGCUCCAAUCGAACGAUAUUCCUGUGGUGAAAGCAUUAAGCUUAAUAUUGACAUAAAUAAAUGUCAAACGAAAAUAAGUAUUGAACAUUUAAUCACUCAUAGCUACCCAACCCAUCGUGAAAAUAACCUACCACAAGAUGCCAUAGCUUGGAUAUCCAGAAAUACAAAUCGAAGUCACAAAAAAAUAGAUCUAUAUAGAAUGCUUGGUGCAGAAGGACUUAUCGAUCCAAAUAUACACACUUAUCAGCAGGUAUUAUAG